AUUAAUGAUUAAUUUCCAAAUUAUAUUACGUAAUUAGGCCUGGCGACCAUCUAUAAAUAUUUGUAUAUAAAUAAAGACCAAGUGCAGUAGUUUCCACGCUUCUAUAUCUCCCUUUCAUACACGACUUGUGUUUUUUGCUUCCAUCCCAACCUUUGCUUCCUUCCGAACCAUGGGAGCAGUCCAAGCUGCAGAAGAAGAAAUAAUCACAACCCUACAUCUGCACGACGUCAAACCAACCUUGCCAUCUAUUGAUAGGUCAACAUCAUUGAAUGAUCACGAGCAUCAUCUAAAUCUUGAAGAAGUGGAGGAGAUUAUAAGGUACAAAUUCGAGAACAAGGUUUUGCUGCAGGAGGCUUUCACACAUCCUUCCUUCGUCCCCACCGAUUACUCCGGUUCAUCCUACGAGCGUCUGGAGUACGUCGGGGAUGCGGUGCUAAAUUUGCUGUUCAGCAGAGAACAGUACCUUUUGUACACCGACUUGGCACCAGGGCCGUUGACGCGGCUCCGGGCAGCCAAUGUUGAUACGGAGAAGCUUGCGCGUGUGGCGAUCAAGCAUGGGUUGCACCGGUACCUGCGGCAUAGGAAACCGUUGCUUGAAGAACAAAUUCGAGAAUUUACACGAGCGAUUCAUGAGUAUCCACUGCAUUCCAAUGGUCUCAUUGAUGCUCCAAAGAACCUUGCGGACAUUGUUGAGUCCACAAUAGGUGCAGUUUUCAUGGACUGCAACUCAAUUGAUAUUGUGUGGAAGGUGUUCAAGGAUUUGUUGGAGCCUAUAAUAGAUCCGAAGACGAUAAAGAGGCAUCCGGUGUCACAACUUCAUGAAGUGUGUCAAAAGAACAAUCUGAAACUCCAAUUUGUCGACUUGUGGGAGGAGAAACACACGGUUGAGGUUUUUAUAAACGAUCAGAUUGUUGGAAGGGGCACUUACAGUCUCAAGAAGGAAGUUGCACAGAAUAGAGCAGCAAAAGAUGCAUUUGACAACAUGUGGAAUGUGAUAGGUCAGAAGAAAGACAAUGUUGAAGACCACCUAAGGGACAAUGGUCACUGGGAGGAUUAAUUUAUAAUCUACUGUAAUUUUUACGUACUCAAUAUAUCUGUAAUUUGUAGCGUUGUUCUUCACAUUAGUUUGAAGUGUUGAUGGAAAAUUGGCUAAUAUAUAAUUUAAUGCUUGUUGACUUUUGUUCCGUUUUAA